GGUACACAAGCGGCUAACCUAUGACGUCAACCUUUCAGAGAAAUUAUCCAAAAGUUUGUUUAGUUACGAGCUGUAGAAAAGUUAAAUAAUUUCACAUCCUACAUGUGCAUUGUUGCAUAUAGAGAAAAAAAGAGAAAGAUAAGGAAUGUUUGUCGAAUUUGUCGUAUCAAAGAGAGGAACGCGAUGAUAUUUUCUGAGCACACGAGCUAAUCGACCUCGUUGUUGGCGGCCUAAUCCUUUUAUCUCGAGCCCGCGGACGACGGGUUCGCCGAAUCGAGCGUCGCGAAUCGCCGCGCUCGCCCACCGAUCGCCAUUUUGGCGGCCGUCGGCAGCGACGUGGACACGAACGAUUGAUAAACUGCUGAUAGAUAAUGCCUCGGAUACGGCCGCAGAUAAGAGCCGUAUUUAUAAAGCUACGGUGACUCCGGGGGUCAGCUUCUCGUCGCGCGAUCGCCGAGCAUGCUGCGAAACAACAGGGGCGCGCUCAAGCAGUUCUGCAACUGCAAGAUCCUGCGCGACGGCAGGAUCCAGGCGGAGGACCUGUGGGUGCGAGACGGCAGGAUCGUGAAUCCGGAGAAGGUCUUCUACGACGAGAAGAUCAAGCCAGAUGUUAGGGUGGACUGCGGCGGCGCUCUGAUCUCGCCGGGGUACAUAGACGUGCAGAUCAACGGAGGAUUUGGCAUAGACUUCUCGUGCAAUGUCGACGACGUGGAGGGUGGCGUCGCCAAAGUGGCCAAGGGAUUGCUGGAGCACGGUGUGACGUCCUUUUGCCCUACGCUGGUUACGUCGCCCACUGAGAUUUAUCACAAAAUCUUACCGAGGAUAAAGAAGCGAGAUGGAGGCAGCCACGGCGCUGGUGUACUGGGCGUCCACGUGGAGGGGCCGUUCAUUAGUCCAGACAAGAAAGGUGCCCAUCCGGAACAUUGUAUCAGAAAGUUUGAUCAGGGGUUUAAGUCGGUCACUGAUAUGUACGGUGAUCUGGACAAUGUGUGUAUGUUGACAUUGGCGCCUGAGAUUCCAAAUGCCACGUCCAUUAUCGAAGAGUUGUGCAGAAGAAAUAUCAAAGUGUCUCUUGGACAUUCCGUAGCAAAUUUAAACGAAGGAGAAAAGGCGGUUAGACAUGGAGCGUCAUUUAUCACUCAUCUAUUCAAUGCCAUGUUGCCCUUCCAUCAUAGAGAUCCAGGAUUGGUUGGUCUCUUAACGUCCGACCAAAUUCCACCUGGAAGAAUCGUUCACUUUGGCAUAAUCUCCGACGGGAUUCAUACUCAUCCCGCGGCAUUGCGGAUCGCUCAUAGAACGCAUCCCGAGGGCCUCGUGCUUGUAACUGAUGCAAUAUCAGCGUUGGGCCUGAAGGAGGGAGUCUAUCAACUGGGGCAGUUUAAGAUAGAGAUACGUAAGGGAUGUGCGUAUAUCGCUGAAACAAACACUCUGUGCGGUAGCAUAGCCGAGCUUUCCAAAUGCGUGAGACAUUUUAAAGAAGCGACAGGUUGCACGGCAGUCGAGGCUUUAGAGGCGGCGACUUUACAUCCCGCGAGAACCCUCGGUAUCGAUUCUUACAAGGGCGUUCUGAAUUUCGGGGCCGACGCUGAUUUUAUACUACUUGAUGAGAAACUCGAAUUGUUGUCGACAUGGAUCUCGGGAGAGUGUGUUUACGAGAAGAAUAUUGGCAGUGUAAAACAAUUUGAUGUAUAAAUGUAAGUAGUAUGAAUUCAAAUCAUAAUAAUUGUGCAAAGCAACAAAGGAUACUGGCAACUUGUAACUGGGCGCUACAUGAUGUGACAGCGACAGGCUUGUAAGACAAUACUGCUAUAACAAAAAGCCUUAAACUUUUUUCCAGAGAGUAGUUUUUGUACGUUGCACUUAGAUUUUUGUAAAUUUGUACCUAUAGUGUUUUUAGUUGAAUAAAUACUUGUUAUUUUAUAUAAAAUAGAUAUACAAUUGUUAUGUGUAUAUAUAAAAUUUAGAAAUGAUCGGAUUUCCCUUGAUUUUUCAACAAAUAGUAAUUUAUACAUAAAAUAUGUAUUUGCAAAACUCGCCUAUACUGUACCAUACAUGUGCAAAAAUAUUUUACUACAUAAUAAAUACUGUAUUUUUAUGUA